CGUUAAGAUGUAGUUUUUGGAAGGUCGUUAGCUAACCAAUCGAUAAAAGUAAUUUGACGAUCGAACAGCAAUAACAAGAAUGUUAGUUUUUGGUCCCAUUGUGUUUCAUGAAUGUUGAAUAGUGCUUUGUAGCGCAGAAAGUUCUCCAAUGAAAGUUGUUUUUUUCCACAUUCUUAUGCGUUCAGUGAGUUAACCUAAUAAGUAAAAUGGUCGUCAUAGAGGAAGUUCAGUGCAACUCUGAACGUUGCGAAGUUUUCGGAGAGGUGGAAAUUAACACGACUGCUGACUUGCUUUCAUCCAAAAUGACGAUUUCGGAAGGUGAAUUGUGUGAAGAUGUGGAAGAAAAUCCUGAAAACGAAUCUUUAAGUGAAACAAAAGACGAUGAACCUUCGAUAGUGACAGUACCUAAUGUUGCGAAACCCAGCAGGUUAGAAGAAGAGUGCGGAGCUUCAAUUCAGUGUCUUGAUUUGAUGGGAAUCUUUCGCGAUCACAAUAGUGGAGAGUACAUCAAGAAGAAGUACCCGACAAAAAAGAGAAUCGAUCAGUUGGCCUUCUCCGCACGGCUUUGCCAUGCCGAUUUGGACGUUAAACUGCACAACGAAGGCUGUCUGAUGACGGCGGAUGAUAAUUUUGUGGCCAAGGUACGAAUUGAUCAUCCACAAUUGAUUGCUCAGGCUGCUGAUUUUUUGGAAGCAAAGCGAAAUAUGCUUCUUAAGCUACGAAUUUUGAAAGUCCUGCAGGACGAUUUGGCAACCGAACGGGAAAGAUGCCAGACUUCAGUUGUGAGGACAAUUCAGAAGGUCUUACAGCAAACGCUGGAGCAUGGAAACAGUUCGGAGAAUAUUCAAUUGUGUCAAUUUAUCAGCACCCAUUGCGACAGUUUGGACUUUAUUCAGUUUUGCGAAGCAAUAACCUCAACCGAAUUGAUUAGUACAGAGUUGCGUACCGCGGCAGCGUCAUUUUUAGAGGCCGAAUCUCGCAGAACAGCAAGAGAUAAGAGUUUAGCUCUUUUUGGUCAUCAUCAUGCGGUAACACCUAGUGCAGAAUUAAUCGUUGAAUUGCGGAGCAUUAUGGAUGAAAAUAUUACAGCCUACAGGAAGCAAUUACUGGAAAUGACACCUAUCUGUUUAAAAGAGUUUUUCGACAAUUGCAGCAACGAUCGAAUUAUCCACGUUCAUAGAAAAGAUGUCGCUUUAUUCUUCGAAAUCACAAGGGAUUUAGAUGAAAAAUUAUUCCAAAAGCCGCUGAAUGACCUUGCCGUUCGUUGGAUUGAUUCUGUGGAAAAGUUAACGAAGCUGGAUCCAGUUAAGGAGCUACUCAAUACAAAUUUUUAUCUUUUGGCAAAAAGUUUGCAAGAGCUAAUCAUUGAAAUCAGUGACAUAACUGACCACAAACCGGAAGAUAUUCUCACUAGUGACAGCGUUGGGUGGCAUUCGAUCGAAAAGAUUACCUGGAAGUCGGAGAAUUCGUUCACAAAAUGUUUGGAGCGGGAAUAUUUCUUCAUCAUAAAGCUGCUGAAGCAUUUCGAUUUGAAUUACGAUAGUGAUAAGCAAUCCUUCGAAUAUGCUGUCGAACUGUUUGAGGAACGGAAACAUCAUUUAACUUGGAGCCAACUCGUGAGGUCUUUGAAACCAAUUUCAGACAAUGAGAGGGAAAAAAUAUCGGACGAAAAGUACAUUUGGUACUGUCUACUGAGUGACGUUCUUUUUCAUACUCUGCCAGAGAAAUUUGAAAUUGAGUGCUUCGAAGCCAUCUUCGAGGGUUACGUGGAUUUUAUGAUUAAAGCAGGUCCCGAUCAGAUGGAAAUGCUUCGUGUUAUUACUCACAGUACAGUUCGUUUUAUGGUAAAAACUAUGACCUUCCUGGAACAAAAAGAUUGCUUCACAAUUGAUCACCAGAUUUUGCAAAAACAACUACAUUUCAUCAACGCUAAGUCCGUUCAACCUACACUCACUCCAAGCAGCUUCCAAAGUUUGGUAAACGAAUUCAACGGAUACUGGAAACUUAGAGAAGAUAUUUUAAGCGAAUUUCCCUCCAAAAUCUGUUUCCCGGAGAUGGAAUCACUGAAGAAGACCGUGCUGGAAACUGUUUCGCUAGCGUUUGACAAAACUAGCGCCACAGAAGUCUUGGCAUCCUUCCUAAAAUCCUUUUGUGAGCUAUUAGUGGAUUUAAACAAAGUUCAAUUCGAUUUGUACAUCAAAGCUUUUCCCGGUGUUAGCAUGACUAUGUUAGAGGACUUGAAACUGAUUGAAGUAAUCAACAACAAAUGGGCAAAAACAGAGCAUAAAAGCUAUCGAGUCGUUGAGAGAGAAAAGUUCACCAAAACAGUGUCAUUACUUCUUGAGAGCGUUCCACACCCAAAGCAUUAUGUGAUUGAAGUUCUACUAACUAUGCUGUCGUACGUUAGAACCCAACUAACGAAAGUUCAGUGGAAAUCCGGUGAUAAACUGUCAGAAACGGAGCAAAUCUGUACGGCUAAAGAGCUGCUUGAUGUGGUGAAAAAGUCUUGCUUGAAUUUCAAAUCACAACCGGAUUAUAAGUCAUUCGAUUUUUUCCUGGAUGAGAGGAUCAAACCUCUAGCGAAUGCCGUUGAUAACAGUAACUCGCAUGAAGAAUUCACAAAUCAACUCGAGGGAACCAGAAACCCAUACUUAAGAUUCAUACGCGUGCAGCACGAAAUGGACAUCGAUCAAACGCUGGAGUUGUUCGACGAAUUGAACGACGAGGUCGAGCUGGAAAUUCUACGUUCUGCAUACCAAAUAUAUGACGAAACUUUUCAUCAACUAAUUGAGGAUUCUCACAAUGUUUCAGAAUACACCUCGGAAGCAUCUCGGAUUGCUAACAAAGUUUUGGAAAUGAAGUUCGAAAAGUCCUUCAAAACCUGGACUCAGGACGAAAAACGUGAAGAGAUACCAAAACUCCUAGCAGGGCUGGCAGUUGUUUGGUCUAUUCUAGAAUCGAAGGAUGUUUCAACCACUGGAAAAUUUCUCACUCCUCACUGUACUCAGAUUGUUUGCAUACUCAGACUGCUGAGUGUGGAUCAACCGACCGAAGGCGUUCUGAAUCAUCUGGCACAAGUUCUAAGUGGACAGGGUAAAUCACUGGUCUUAGCUCUGACAGCUGCUUUGUUGGCGUUGACCGGUCACGAACCUCGGAUAGCUUGCGAAAAUGAAUUCCUGGUGUUGAGGAAUGAACAAAACUUCCAGCAGUUCUACGCCCUGUUUAAUGUUGAAGAUUACAUUGUUUACGGUACAGUCCAAACGAUUGCCGAUGAUGUAAUUGAUCGUACGGAAAUAGGAAAGUUAUUCACGCAGUUGCUGGUGGGUGCAAACCAGCAAGAACAGAAAACUUCGUUCUUUUAUGACAUGCGUAACUUCGUUCUUCUAAUCGAUGAUCUGCAUUGGUUCAAUCAACCAUCGCAUGAUGUCGAAGUAGUUGCUAUGCUACCGGGCUUGGAUUUAAUACAGGAAAAAAUAUGGGAGUUUGUAUCGCUGCGAAAGUGCAACGGAAAAGUGGAAAACAUGGUAAACGCAGUCUAUUCCUACAUCGGUUCGAAGCGAAUGAAGAAAGGGAAAGCCUUCCAGGAUUUCAUUGAGAACGACCAGCAGUUUAGGCUUAUGGUUCACGAUGAUGAAGUACAAGUCAAACGCUACAAUAUCGAUCAACUGUUUGAGGAACAUCUGAGAAAGAUGAUCCAAUGUGCUAUUGAAGUUUUCCGAUAUCCAGAGGAGGAGGAUUUCAAACUCAGUCCCGAAGGUACCAUACUUCGCCGAUAUUUCCAUAAAAAAUACGCAAGUGAAAAUUAUUCCAGUUACUACAACGUUUUCAACUACCUUCGGCUGUGCAAAUCUGGUCGCACAACGAAAGAAGACAACGAAAUCAACUACGGCUAUUUUCUUCUGCCAUGCGGCUCACUUUCACGAACAAAACUGCUGAGAAGAUAUUCGCUAAUUCUGGGUGUUUCCAGUACACUAUCAGCCAGUACAAGCUCAAUCGCGAAUUUACUUAACAUCAACCAAACGUCGAUAAUGCCGACGCACUUGGGAGUCUCGAAUCUUCGCUUCGACCAGUCACGAGACUUUCGCAUGUUGGUCGAUGGUCCGCGAUGGAUGACGGCAAUCUUCAAACGCGUUAAGGCCGUACUAGCGGAAAACCGAUCCGUGCUUAUCUGCUUUGAUGGCGAGACUGAGCUGAUGGCUUUUCACAACGAAUACUUCGGUCGGUUGAGAAAUAUGAACGUGCUGACAGAGGAUACCACUCUGGGACUGAGGAAUCGGUAUAUUGAAGAAGCGGGCAUUGCUGGAACCAUUACGUUAACUACAUCCGGUGUGGUACGAGGUAUUGACUUCAAGUCGAGUGACGUGAUAGAAAAUUACGGAGGCUUGCACGUUAUUCAGACGUUUUUCUCGCAUGAUCCUGUCGAAGAAGCGGUUAUCAAAGGAAUAACUGCUCGAAUUGACAACAACGGCAGCUACGAGUUGAUUGUUUGUCGGAAUCAUCUGUUUUUGUGUUUUCUCACCGGUGUUGAAUCUUACGCUAGUUUAGAUGCGGUUAGGCAGGGUUUAGCUUUGAAAGAACAGGAGAAUUUUUCGAGUAGAUUAUCCGAAGCACAACUUAAGCAUCAAACUGCCAUGAAAUAUUUGAAUGCACUUUAAAUAGUUUAGUAUCUAUUGAAUAGAGUUGAAUAAAAGUUUUAUAAAAA